GGCAUCAAAAGGGACACACCACUGCAGCAAUUUUUUCAUAAUAGAAAUGACGAUUAACUUUACUGCAGAUACCUUCGAAAGAAGAUUCUUUGAAGGCAGUCAUGGUAAAUUUUCAUUCAGGAGGAUUUAUUCAUGGUUCCCCAGAUCCGUCAGGAUACCGAUUGCAUGUAUUAGGAUAUCUCAAUUUAAACUUGAAAGUGUGUUCUGGAAAUCAAGGAUUGAAAGACGCAAUACUGAGUCUACAAUGGAUCAAAGAAAAUAUCAGUGUUUUUGGAGGAGAUCCUGACAACAUAACAUUGAUGGGCAGCAGCGCUGGUUCCGUAAUAGUUCAUUUCAUGUUAUUGUCACCUUUGGCUAAAGGUUUAUAUCACAAAGCGAUUCUCAUGGGCUGUUACGCUUUCAUUCCAGUAGCAAUUUGUUUGAUGGAAAAUGCUUCUGUCGCUUACAAAAUCGCUCAAAUGCUCGGUUACGAUGGAAAACCAGAUGACAACAAAAAACUGCUCAACUUUUACAAAAGCGUAGAGCUUUCCCGUUUAUUUUUGACAAGACCGGAAUAUUUGUUCAAUACAACUACGAUUCAAGUUUACCCUCAGUCACCAUUCCUCUUCACUCCAGAGCCAGGUGAGAAUUCACCACUUCCUGUAUCACCAGAAAAACUGAUCCCUUCAACGAACCGUGUUCCGAUUAUCAUAGGAUUCAGUGAAAGAGAAGCUUGCAUUACUUUAGUGACGCUGCGUGCUUUGAACACUCCUUUGAAAACUUGUUUUUAUAAAGCGAUUCAACAAAAUUGUUGGGGAUGGGCUGCUGCACUGAACGAAGAUGAAUUGAAACGCAUACAAAAAGAAGUUGAAAAUUUCUACUUAGCUGGCGAGUCGAUAGAAACUGCUUCACAAUCAGUUCUAUGCGAUAUUUUAACGGAUAUUGCGUUGUCAGACGUUUAUGAUUCAGUGAUAAACGUAAUCUCAGCGGAUCUUCCAUCUUCGGUAUACGUGUAUAAUUUUCACUACGAUGGAAAAUUAUGCGUCAUGAAAGCCCAAAUUGAACGAUCUUUAAAAGAACCAUUACCAGGUGCCUUCCACGGUGCUGACUACAGCUACUGGUGCUACAAUGAAGAAAUGGCUGGUAAAACUAUGGCUCGAAUACAGCCGAACGAUCGAAAAAUAGUAGAUACGCUGACCAAUUUACUGACCACGUUUGCCAAGACAUCAAAUCCUAAUUACGAUGGAUUAGAAGUCGAAUGGAAGCCUACAACUCCGGAUAGCCCGAGCUAUUUAAUUAUUAAUGAAAAGCUACAAAUCAAAGACGAAUUAUUGAAUGGCGAACGAAUGGAAUUUUGGCACAGACUGAAGAAUAAAUUUGUAAAAAGUCGCACACACUUGUAAAUAAAAUUAUUGUAACUGGGGACCCUCAUCCAAGAGAAAAUGAUAUUUUUGUUCACGAGUACUUUAA